CAGCCCCUGCAGACAGCGCCACUAGCAAUAAGAGAUGAAGCUAACUGUAGCGGAACUGCUCUAAAGGCCCUGGCAGAUCUCACGGAACUGCACAACCUUAGCUCGGGGAGUGCCCGGACCUUUGUCGGCAACGGACGAACGGACAGGGACGUGGGGCGCUUCCGCCCCUCACUUCCUGGUUGCUGGGUACAGGGGAGCCUCUGUUGCUCUUUGGUUCGAUCCAGCUUCCCGGUGUCCGACUGAGGCAGUGGCUAGGGACCCCGGCCCAGGAGAUGUUGCCCUACACGGUGAACAUCAAACUGUCGGCCCGGACUCUCACUGGGGCCCUCAACGCCCACAACAAGGCGGCUGUGGACUGGGGCUGGCAAGGUUUAAUUGCUUAUGGAUGUCAUUCCCUUGUGCUUGUAAUUGAUUCCAAUACUGCCCAGACUCUGCAGGUUUUAGAAAGACAUAAAGCUAAUGUCGUUAAGGUUAAAUGGGCCAAAGAAAAUUAUCACCAUAAUAUUGGCUCCCCAUAUUCUUUACGUUUAGCUUCUGCUGAUGUCAAUGGGAAGAUAAUUGUUUGGGAUGUAGCAACUGGAGUAGCUCGAUGUGAAAUACAAGAACACAAUAAACCUAUUCAGGACAUGCAGUGGUUAUGGAAUCAGGAUGCUUCCAGAGAUUUGCUACUUGCUAUACAUCCACCAAACUACAUAGUGUUAUGGAAUGCAGACACUGGCACCAAACUUUGGAAGAAGAGUUAUGCAGAAAACAUCCUUUCUUUUUCCUUUGAUCCCUUUGAUCCUUCACAUUUAACUUUACUCACCAGUGAGGGAAUUGUAUUCAUCUCAGACUUCUCUCCAUCCAAAGCUCCUGCCAGCUCAGGGAAAAAAGUUUACAUUUCCAGUCCACAUUCCAGCCCAGCUCAUAAUAAGACAGCUGCAGCCACAGGUGCCAAGAAGGCUUUAAAUAAAGUAAAAAUAUUGAUCACUCAAGAGAAACCUAGUGCUGAAUCUGUAACACUCAAUGAUUGUCUUCAGUUGUCAUACUUACCUUCCAAAAGGAAUCACAUGUUGUUACUUUAUCCAAGAGAAAUUUUAAUCCUUGACCUGGAAGUAAACCAGACAGUUGGUGUAAUUGCAAUAGAGAGAACAGGAGUACCAUUUGUACAGGUAAUCCCCUGCUUUCAGCGUGAUGGCUUAUUUUGCUUACAUGAAAAUGGUUGCAUAACUUUAAGGGUUCGAAGAUCUUAUAAUACUAUUUUUGGGUCUUCAAAUGAAGAAUCAGAUCCAGAUCCAGUUCAGGAACUGACCUAUGAUUUACGAAGCCAAUGUGAUGCAAUUAGAGUGACCAAAACUGUUCGUCCAUUCAGUAUGGUAUGUUGUCCUGUCAAUGAAAAUUCUGCUGCUCUCAUUGUGAGUGAUGGAAGAGUUAUGAUAUGGGAAUUGAAGUCUUCUGUUUCUUAUAGAAACUAUCGUAACAGCAGUUCAGGUACAUCACCAUUAUAUUCACCAAUAUCUUUCUGUGGAAUUCCUGUAGGAGCAUUACAAAAUAAACUCCCAGAUCUUUCUUUAGAUAACAUGAUUGGGCAAAGCACAAUUGCUGGAGAAGAGCACCUAAGAGGCCCCACCUUACAGGAAGUACAUUUGAAGUUUUUGCUCACAGGACUUCUUUCAGGACUUCCUUUGCCACAGUUUGCUAUCCGUAUGUGUCCACCACUUACCACAAAAAAUAUAAAGCAAUAUCAGCCACUGCUUGCUGUGGGCACAAGUAAUGGUUCUGUACUGGUGUACCACCUUACCAGUGGGCUAUUGCACAAGGAAUUAAGUAUUCACUCUUGUGAAGUCAAGGGUAUCGAAUGGACAAGUUUGACUGGUUUUCUUUCAUUUGCUACCUCAACACCUAACAAUUUGGGAUUAGUAAGAAAUGAGCUUCAAUUGGUUGAUCUUCCAACAGGCAGAAGCAUUGCAUUUCGUGGUGAGAGGGGCAAUGAUGAGCCAGCCAUUGAAAUGAUUAAAGUGUCUCAUUUGAAACAGUAUUUGGCAAUUGUAUUCAAAGAUAAACCUCUGGAAUUAUGGGAUAUCAGAACCUGCACACUUUUGAGAGAAAUGUCAAAAAACUUUCCCACAGUAACUGCUUUGGAGUGGUCACCAUCUCACAAUUUAAAGAGUUUAAGAAAAAAACAACUUGCUACCCGAGAAGCUAUGGCCCGACAAACUGUAGUAUCUGAUGCAGAACUUAGUAGUGUAGAAUCUUCUGUGAUCAGCCUAUUGCAGGAAGCAGAAAGCAAAUCUGAGCUGAGCCAAAACAUCUCAGCCCGGGAGCAUUUUGUAUUUACUGAUACUGAUGGACAAGUUUAUCAUCUCACUGUUGAAGGCAACUCAGUAAAGGACAGUGCUCGAAUUCCUCCAGAUGGAAGCAUGGGUAGCAUUACAUGCAUUGCUUGGAAAGGUGAUACACUGGUUCUUGGUGAUGUGGAUGGAAACCUAAAUUUUUGGGAUUUAAAAGCCAGAGUGUCUAGAGGAAUACCAACACACCGAAGUUGGGUGAGAAAGAUCCGAUUUGCCCCUGGUAAAGGAAACCAGAAAUUAAUAGCUAUGUAUAAUGAUGGUGCUGAAGUCUGGGAUACUAAAGAAGUUCAGAUGGUGAGCAGUUUAAGAAGUGGAAGAAAUGUCACUUUCCGAAUAUUGGAUGUGGACUGGUGUACAUCAGAUAAAGUGAUCUUGGCAUCAGAUGAUGGAUGUAUCCGAGUCCUAGAGAUGUCAAUGAAAUCAGCCUGCUUUAGAAUGGAUGAACAAGAAUUAACAGAACCUGUGUGGUGCCCCUAUCUCCUUGUUCCAAGAGCUGCUUUAGCUUUAAAAACAUUCUUGUUACACCAGCCAUGGAAUGAACAGUAUUCUUUGGAUAUUUCACAUGUUGACUAUCCAGAAAAUGAAGAUGUUAAAAAUCAACUUCAAGAACAGUUAAAUUCCUUGUCUAAUGACCUGAAGAGGCUGUUACUUGAUCCUGAAUUUACAAUCUUGCAGAGAUGCCUGCUUGUUGCAAGACUAUAUGGCGACGAAUCGGAGCUACAUUUCUGGACUGUUGCUGCUCACUAUUUGCACAGUUUAUCCCAGGAAAAAUCAGCUAGCAUAGCAGACAAUGAUAAUAUUUCCCUGCCUCAGGAAAAAGUAACCAACCCACUGGAUAUUUGUUAUGACAUACUAUGUGAAAAUUCAUAUUUUCAGAAGUUCCAACUGGAAAGGGUUAAUCUACAAGAAGUAAAAAGAUCAACCUAUGAUCAUACAAGGAAGUGUGCAGAUCAGCUUCUUCUUUUGGGUCAGACAGACAGAGCUGUGCAGUUGCUUUUGGAAACCAGUGCAGAUAACCAGCACUAUUACUGUGAUUCACUGAAAGCUUGUUUGGUGACAACUGUCACCUCCUCCGGCCCUUCUCAGAGUACCAUUAAGUUGGUUGCUACCAAUAUGAUAGCCAAUGGCAAAUUGGCAGAGGGAGUUCAAUUACUCUGUCUGAUAGACAAAGCUGCUGAUGCCUGCCGCUAUUUACAGACAUAUGGUGAAUGGAAUCGAGCAGCAUGGCUUGCAAAAGUUCGUUUAAAUUCAGAGGAAUGUGCUGAUGUUUUGAAACGAUGGGUUGAUCAUCUUUGCUCUCCACAAGUUAAUCAGAAAUCAAAAGCCAUCUUGGUCCUUCUGUCUCUAGGUUGUUUUACAAGAGUGGUGGAGAUGCUACACAGCAUGAGGUAUUUUGAUAGAGCUGCCUUAUUUGUUGAAGCUUGUCUAAAGUAUGACACAAUUGAAGUAAAUGAAGACACAAAAAAACUAAUUCUGGCUGUGUAUGCAGAUUAUGCCCGAAGUUUGAAGAACCUUGGUUUUAAACAGGGAGCUAUUCUUUUUGCCUCAAAAGCUGGAGCAGCUGGUAAAGAUUUAUUGAAUGAACUUGAACAGUGUAAGUCUGAAAUCACUGAAGAAUGACAAGUUUAUGCACACCAUAAAAGUUUGGCAUUGGCAGGAAGAUAGAUGGUUAAAUUGAUCUUGCCAUUAGCCACCAUCAUAAUUCAGAGAAUGAUGAAGAUGCUCUCAACAAAAAAUGUAUUUAUUCUCAUAAAUAGUAUAAUUCUAAGAUGUCUUAUCUUGUUUUAAAGCUAUAUGUGCAGAAUAUUACAUAAGGAUUUAAUUUUUUAGGAGCUGUAUCUUAUCUUUAUCAUGUGAAAAAUGUAAAACUUCAGAUUUUCAGACUAUAUUAAAGUUUUAUAAAAUUUUAGAGAGAGCUAAAAAUCCCUGAAAUGUAAGGUUUCAUUUUAUGAACUUAGAGUUCAAGAGACUGGGUAAAUGUUUUUGUCAUUUGCUGAAAAUCUGGAAUAUAUGAAAAACUAUAAUUAAAGCUCUAUGGGGAAAUUAAAAUUUCUUUGCACUGUUUAUUUUUACAUGUACAUUUUACACAUAUACAUAUGUGUUUAGGAUCCCUAAAAGGCAAAAAUAUUUAAUGUAAUUCACCAAAGCAUUUUUUUGCUUUUUCUUGCCUUCAAAAGACAUCACUCUUAUAAUUAUUUUGGUCAAAGAAUAUGUUUUUUGAAUCACCUAAGAUUCAUAGACAAGAAGGUCAAUUCUAUCUUCUCAUUGAUGAGUACCUCUGAAUUUUUGUGUUUAGCAACAUAAUACUUUUGGGAGGAGGGCUUAAGCUUAAGAGGUACAAGGGAGAAGGGGAGAUAUUGGCAUUUUUCUGUUGUGAAACAUUCUUUUAAAAUUAAUAUCUUCUGCAUCUUAAGAUAUUUUGUUUUCCUUUUUGUUUUAUUUCUCAGCAAAUCUGAAGCAGAUCUGUUCUUCUUAAUUACACUUAUGGUGAUUGACAGGAAUAUUUUAGAAACUAGACAUGUCUUUGGGGCCAUUGAGAUGUCAUAUUCAAGUAGCAUUAAAAAAAGGAGCAUUGACAUUUUUAGUUAGGAAAUUUAAUUCUGGAAUCAUCUUAAACUAUUAUAUAACUAAAAUCUUUAUUUUAAGCAACUGUACAAAUUUCUAUAUUAGAGCUACUCAAAAGCAACAUAAUUAUUUGUUAAAAAGUGAAAUUGCAGUUACCUAAUGUUUAAGAGCUGCAUAUGUUUUUAACACUGUAAAAUUUUUUUCUCUUGUGCAAAAAUGGUAUUUAUCAUAAAUAAAAUUAAAAUGUUAACUAUAUAAUAAAAUAAUCAAUUUUUAGUUUUUUAUAUACAUCAAAAUGUGACUUCAUUUCUAUAAAUAGGAAACUUAAAUGUUUUAGCUACAAUGUGUUUUGUUUUCCUGCCAAAUGUUCUGCCUACCAUAAUGUACAUUCCAUUCGUUAGAUUACAAACAAAAUCUAUAUCUAUGUAUAAUUAUUUUAAUGUGGGAAAAAAUAUACAGAGAGACUUGCCUUAAGGAUUAGUUUCUUAGCAACCAGGGGCAGUGUUAGGAUAAACAAAGUACCCUAAACUAACCCCUUGGUGUAUUUAUCAUAAGUAAAAGACUGUCUUUACUUAAUGUAUCAUCCACACAUGGGAGAAAAAAAUUGUUCUUUUAAAAUGUAGCCUAUAACCUGCAUGACUAAGGGAUAUUUAGCUUUUAAUUAUAUUUCAGAACAUGGGACUCUUAGAUGUACAUUUGGAAUUUCUGGUCUUGUGAUAUGUUCAAGUGACCUCAUUCUUGAGGUCUCUAUAUGUUAACUUUGUAGUCUGAGUGUUGUACAUUCAGUUAAUGUUCAUAUUUAAUCACUGUAUGUGAUGUUGACAGUAUUAAAUCAUUGCAAAGAUAUAGCAAAAUCACAGAAAAAAUAAAAAGUUACAUAAUGUCAAAA